GUGUGUGCACGUGCAGUAGAGAAGGCAGCGUGACUAGCUACGUGUUAGCAAAAAUACCCCCUUCUCUCUGUCUGCGCAGAGUCUCCCCUCCAUAUCAUCAGAUAGAAUAGACAUUCUACACCCACUAACUCACCAGACUCAGACAUACUCGGCCACAACAGAUCGUUCAUUCAAAAAACAGUUUCGUUCAAAAAGUUCCAACUGAACCGAGUGGAUCAUUCUCGAAUAAAAAGUGUGCCAAGUGCAAAUGCUGAGCAGCUAAUUCACAAACAAAAAAGUUCCAGGAAAAUGAGCUAAGGUGGAUGCCAGGAUCAAGCCAUAUUUUUUCAUAACAGCAGCCAAAUCGUGAGAGGUUUUUAGAGAAAAGAAUCAAUUUUCAAUCACUAUCCCCCACUCUACUCAUCAAACCAACUUUAUGCUAUGUAUCGACAGCAAAAAAACAUAAUGAGUGGCUAUGACUCUGAGCCCAGAGAAAAACAAGUUGUCCACUGGUUCAGGAAAGGACUUCGCUUACAUGACAACCCCAGCCUGAAGGAUGGCUUGAAAGGCUGCUCUACUUAUCGUUGCAUCUUCAUCUUGGAUCCCUGGUUUGCUGGCUCAUCCAAUGUCGACAUCAAUAAAUGGAGGUUUCUCUUGGAAUCACUAGAAGACUUGGAUCAGAACCUUAGAAAGCUGAACUCUCGUCUCUUUGUUAUCCGAGGACAACCUGCAGGCGUCCUCCCAAAGCUUUUUAAGGAAUGGGAAACGACAUGCCUGACAUUCGAAGAAGAUCCCGAGCCGUUUGGUCGUGUCCGUGAUCAAAAUAUCAUCACCAUGUGUAAAGAUUUCAAUAUCGAAGUCAUUACGAGAGCGUCCCACACGUUGUAUCAUCCACAAAAAAUCAUCGAGAAGAAUGGCGGGAAAGCUCCCUUGACUUAUCGCCAGUUUCAAAACAUCAUUGCCUCGGUGGAUGCACCGCCGCCGCCCGAGUCGGACAUAACUUUCGAAUCGAUUGGACGUGGUUACACACCCAUGGAUGAAUCCAUGGACGACCGUUUCAGCGUGCCCACAUUGGAAGAAUUAGGCUUUGAUACGGAUGGUUUGAUGCCGGCCGUUUGGCAUGGCGGCGAGACGGAAGCACUGACUCGUUUAGAAAGACAUUUGGAACGUAAAGCGUGGGUAGCUUCAUUUGGCCGGCCCAAAAUGACGCCACAGUCCCUUCUCGCCAGCCAGACUGGACUUUCUCCUUAUCUCCGUUUUGGUUGCCUAUCUGUCCGUCUUUUUCACCAACAGCUCACCAAUUUGUACAAAAAAAUUAAAAAGGCACAACCACCCUUGUCAUUACACGGUCAAGUGCUUUGGCGCGAAUUCUUUUACUGUGCAGCUACAAAUAACCCCAACUUUGAUAAAAUGAUUGGCAACCCCAUUUGUGUCCAAAUUCCCUGGGACUCUAACGCAGAAGCCUUGGCUAAAUGGGCCAAUGGCCAAACUGGAUUCCCAUGGAUUGAUGCCAUCAUGACUCAACUAAGGGAAGAAGGCUGGAUUCAUCACCUGGCCCGUCACGCCGUGGCUUGUUUCUUAACUCGAGGUGAUUUGUGGAUCUCUUGGGAAGAAGGCAUGAAGGUAUUUGAAGAGUUACUGCUGGAUGCAGAUUGGUCUGUCAAUGCUGGCACCUGGAUGUGGCUGUCAUGUUCGUCUUUCUUUCACCAAUUCUUUCACUGCUAUUGCCCUGUCAGAUUUGGCAGGAAAGUGGAUCCCAACGGGGAUUUCAUCAAAAAAUAUCAACCGGUUCUAAAAAAUUUCCCUCUGCAAUACAUUCACGAGCCCUGGAAUGCUCCCGAGUCGGUGCAACGAGCUGCAAAAUGCGUCAUCGGCAAAGAUUACCCGUUGCCCAUGGUGAAUCACUUAGAAGUGUCGCAGUUAAAUAUCGAGCGCAUGAAGCAAGUCUACCAGCGACUAACUCAGUACAGAGGAACUGGCUUAAUGUCACAUUCGCCCCAAAGUGAUAACGGAAUCAUCAUCAAUGUCGGAAACAAGAACAAAAAUGAAAACAGCCAUGCAAAGCAAUUCAGGACUGACGAGCUUCGACAAAACGCUGUUCAGAGAAACCAGUCCAACUUGAACUAAUCAAUGUUGAAUCACUAACGGUAACUAACGUAAAUUUUGCCUGGGAUCUCUUCAUCUCUCUCUUUCUCUCUUCUCUUAAAUGGUUUCGCGCCAUUUAAAGGAAAUCACAAUGUACAUAAUUCUAAUUAAUAUUUCUAAAGAUUUUCCCCCCUUUUGUGAUUCCAUAACUUUUCUCCUCCUUUAACCGGUCCCUCUUUUAUACGGGAUGAUUUUACUGUUGACAAUGGACGAAUCCAUUCAUAUUUCUAUAAGGAAAAAAGAAAAAGCCAAACUUGGUACACAUUCUUAUGUGCUAAUCGAUUGUACAAAAAAAAAAAAAAAAAAGAUUCCCUCGUUGUUCGUUGUCCAUAAUUAUAUACCCAAAUUGAUAUUCAAAACAGAUUUUUAUACGGAAAUCCUGCGUAUUAAACAAUACAUUUGUAACAUUGUUUUUCUUUAGAAA